GCCGGUGCUUUGAACCGCGAGUACGUACUGUAGGAGGUGCUGCGUUAAUUAAGCGAACCCCAGUUUAAAAUGAAUCUAUUUCCACCCCACCGGGACCUAAAUAACUUUUUUUGUUUGUUUAUACUCUACACAAUAACCUUGUGUUGUACGCAGCCUGACCAGGCGUGUUUAAUUACUGAGUUGAAGUUUUUCUUUACCAGGAAAAUUAUGUUUUGUUUUAAAUACCUUGCGGUGGCGAGCGUGUUAUUGUGUAUGACCGAGGCUGGGAAAAACUACUAUGAAAUUUUGGGUGUGCCGCCUUCGGCCACGGGCCGUCAGAUAAAACAAGCGUUUUACAAGAAAGCAAUGAAGUACCAUCCAGACAAAAACAAUCAUCCUGACAGUGAGGCCGUUUUCAGAGAAAUCGCUGAAGCUUACAAGGUCCUCUCGGCUGAUAGGCAGCAGAAGAGGUAUGAGGAGAUAGGAGGCAAGGAUGAGGUCACGUUUGGGGAACGCUUUGCCAACUUUGAGGACUUCCACAGCCAACAUAAUAGUGAGCCGUUUCAUGAUUCCGGAAACAUCUGGGGAUUCCGUAUGCAGAAAGAAAGCGAAGAUCUGGAAUGGCAAUAUUUUUUUGAUGGUGACUACUUUGACAUCACGGAAGAUCCUUUUAAAGAGUUCAUGUAUGAUUAUUCUGAUGAUGGUAUACAGGCCCACACCGGGCCAGAAUUCUGCUGGGGAACAAUGCAGGGGGAUGGCGGAUCCUGUGAAGGACUUUAGUCAUGCCAUUUGUGUAGUAUUAAAGUUUUCAUUGUAAUGAUGAAGCACAGUGUUUUUUUUUCUCUCCACUUUCUGACCUGUAAUAUAUUUGCCUUCCUGUACAGAAAUGGGUGUCAUUGUUUUGCAUACAGGUACAAGAACACUUUCAAAGUGUCGUCUUUGGUAGUUAUAGAGUAACACAUUGCUACUGAAACCUUUGAAACAUUACCAUAGCAGCAAUUUUAUGACUUUCAUGUGGAAUGAGCAUGCACUUUGACCAAAGAAAAGAAAAUUCCCGCACUAGUUCCAAAGGAAGUUUUUAAUUCUAUGCUUGUCUGUAUAAGGAGAUAGAAGCUGCAAUGAAUUUCCUUUAAAAUCCUGGAAUCCUUAAGUUACAGCCCAGUGUGGAAUACUUCUGCAUAUGGUGGUCAGUGUUUCAGAAAUGAUGGACGACGCGCCUGAAGUUUCAGUGUCUGGUUUUAAUCUAAGUGUUUCCAGCAUCAAAGUGACUGAAGCCAUAAAAAAAGAAAAUUCAUUGGUGUUCGUUGUCGGAGCCCAAGAGUUUCCCAGCAAGAAGCAGCACUUCGUGGACAGGAAAUUUGAGGAUUUUGAGUGGCUUCAGCAGUGUCUGCUAAUGCCAGAUGGCAUUCCUGGGCUUCAAGGAAUUAUAUUUCCACCUUUGCCAGCAAAACCUUGUGCGUUUCAGUCAAACACGCAGGAAAAAAUGAUUAAACAGCUUGGCCUCCUGGGGUUAGAUGAUGACUGGAAAACCUAUUGCAUGGCCUUGGAGAUGUACCUGCAGCUAGUGGUGUCUCACACCACGCUGGGCAAGAACCAGGUCCUGCGGAGCUUCUUUACACAGACUCAGGGACCUGGUGGGCAGGCGGGGCGAAAAGGGAUCCUUAACCGCCUCAGCCAAGCUCUGGAAGAAAUAAAGAAGGAAAAUCACCAGGAUGUUGAUGAAUUCUUUCGAAAUGAGAGGGCCAGCAACUCAUCUCUCGUACGAUUAACAAAAGCUACAACAGAAAGACUCAUUGCUGUAGUGAGGACACAGCAAAACAUUGCCCUUGCUUGUGGACAUUUUUCAACCACUCUGCAUCUUGGAGUUGGGCCAGAUGAAGACCCAGCAGCCAAAACCUUCUCAAAACUAUCCCUGAAGCUGUCUGAAAUUAUUAUCAUUGUUAAGAAAAACUUUGAGUGUGUUGCUGAAAACAACUUGAACAUACUUGGCCUGGGGCUGGACCUGGUUUCACGUUACGAAGAAUCGGAAAAGGAAAUGCUGUUUCGGAGGACCUGUAAGCUAGUCGAGUUAGAACAGAACAGUAAAAACCUGGAGAAAGCCAAACCAGCUAAGAAAGCAAAUAUGGAGGAAAUCAAGAAAGCUAGCGAAAAAGAAUUCAGACACAUUUCUGAUAUUGCCAGACUAGAGAUACAGAAGCUCCACAGGGUGCGUGUGGAGGUCUUCCAGCAAUGCCUGACCUCCUGGUGUGAGAAGCAGCUCCACGCAGCCAGGGAGACCUCUUCAAUCCUCAGCCAACACCUCUGUGCAUUCAAGCAGCUUGACAGCACAGAAUAGCCAUCAACCUGUUAUUUUUUUUUGUGUUUUGAUCAUAAAUCAAAUAUGGCCACAGCCCAAUAAUUUCUGCUGCUAAUGAUUACUUUGACAGAGAUGUUGACUGCUGUGACCCCAAUUCCAAACAUAACUAAUGAAUUAAGUGGGCUUAUCAUUGCAAUGUGCGAUUCCCAAAUUUUCAGAUGUUUCAUGGACAUUUGCCUUCCAUUUGUUUGUGACCUGGGUGCCAGUGUGAUUGUGUGCUGCUGACAGGACAAACAACCCAGUGGUAUUAGGCGGUUUCACACCACAGGAACUUUUUUUCUGGAACCAGAACCUUUUUCCAGAACCAGGAACUCUUGUCUUGUUCACACCACAGGAACUCGGCCCAAUUGUAGUUCCUCUGAGGCAGUUCUGGAACCCUUUUUUAGUACCUACUCCAGACUAUGAGUGUUUCUCAAUACCAAGAACACAAAGAUCGUACUUGUGGUCUUGGCAAGACCGGUCUUGCUAACUUGACUCCCAAGAAUGAACUUGGGGUGCAAUGAAUCAUGGGAUUGGUCUUGCUUGGCCAGUUUGCAACAGAUGUAUCCUUGAUAUUUGGUGUGGGGAAAGAACGACAUCCAGGAAUUUUUACCAUCCUCUGUGCUUCUGUUCUUGAGCAUUGGAUCUGCUCUUUGGCAAUGGAAGAUGACAUAAAAUGGGUACAUGAGAACUCAAGGACGGUCAAGUACACAUAUUGAGAAACACUCUAGGAGCUUUUCGUUCAAACACAAACUAUUGGGGAGGUGUUACAGUGACAGGUUGCUGAUUGGUUGACCACAAGCACCAGCUCUAACUUGGAAGUUACGUGGAAGCGCAUAAAAAGAGAAAUUGAGCAGAUGGUAUUAUUUUUUCGUACGCCAAUUACAUUUAAUGCAUCAACUAACAAACUUUUUUCUGGAUCAGAAAAUUUUUUCGCUAACCAAUAUACUUUAACCUUUUAUUCUGAGGAAAGCUAAAGAUUGAUCUGCUGGCCAGUUUUAAUAAGAAUCAUAUCGCGGGUCAUAUAAGUAAAAUAUAAAUAAAAGGCUGUGUUCCGUUUUAAUCAUGAUCGAUCCCCCCAAUAACAAAAGAAAUAACUAACGAAACGACUUAUCCUCCGUUGUUUUGGUGCAGAGGUGUAGUUUCGUAUGGAAUCAUGUGUGAGGUUUAACCUACGAACUUUUUGCAUCUCCCGUGCUUAUUUAGCAUAAAGGUCCUAGUUCCUGUUGUGUGGUGGCCAGGAGCUACAAACGUUCCAGGUCGAGACCAGGUUCUGGAAUAUGCAGUUCCUUUGGUGUGAAAGCACCUAUUGUUAUUCUACGGCGUCUGCACCGAACGCCUUUCGCAAAUCUCAAGCAGCUGCCACAUCCGCAGGGGUCACUCAGACUAAAUGAUGGAGAAUUGAUUGCCAAGCUGGGAAUUUUAAAUGUGAGUCUGUGUUGUUUUUCCCUCAUCUUUUUUUGUCCCUGAGGGCCAGACAGCAUGAUUUCUUACUGUGUUUUGUUGCUUUACUGAUCUGUGGGAUUCUGAAUAGUAAGU